AUGGAUGACAAACGUGCUUUAUUGGAAGAUUCUGGUGAACAGACAACAGAGCGGGCCAUGGCCAAAGCCAAAGACAUAGUUCAGAACUUAGAUAAGGUUACGCUCAACAUUGCUGUGACUGGGGAGAGUGGUGUAGGAAAGUCACUGUUGGUGAAUGCCAUCAGAGGUGUUAAUAGCGGGGAAGAAGGAUGGGCCAAAACUGGGGUGACAGAAACUACGAAGAACCCCAAGGAGUACCCCCACCCAACAAUGCCCAAUGUAAAGAUUUGGGAUUUACCAGGAAUAGGGACCCUAGAUUUCAAAGCAAGUGUCUACAUGAACAAAGUAGGAUUUAAAACGUAUGAUUUCUUCAUCAUAGUGAGUGCAACCAGAUUCAAAGAGAAUGACCUCUUGCUUGCAAAAAAUAUCAAAAAGCAGAAAAAAAACUUCUACUUUGUGCGCUCCAAGGUAGACAUGGAUGUGGCAAAUCAGAUAGCGAGUGGGGAGGGGACAGAGGAAGAGACCCUCCGCUGUAUUAGGGAUGGUUGCUUGGCCAAUCUAAAAAAACAGAACAUCACCAGCCCUGUUUUCCUCAUCACAUCUCAAGAUUUAAGCAAAUACGACUUCCAGAAACUGAUUGAGACUCUAAAAACAGACCUUGGUCAUGAAAAGAUGGAUGCACUCAUGCUCAGUUUGCCUGUGUACUCGAAGCGUUCUCUGGAUGAGAAGUACAGCACAUUCAAGAAAAGCGUCUGGGCACUGGCUGUUGUGUCUGGAGGCAUAGGUGCAGCCCCUGUGCCAGGCCUCUCAUUUGCCUGUGACACUGCCAUGGUGCUGUCCUUCCUCACCAAGGUUUACCACUCAUUCGGCCUGGAUGACAAAGCCCUGAAAAAGCUAUCAGAGAGAGUGAAUGAGCCCAUACUGGAAGAAGUGAAAAAGUCAAAACUUGUGCAGGCAAUGAGUAAAUCCAUGCUUUCAUCCAGUAUGCUGACAAAACUAGGGGCCGCAGCUGGCGUUGAGAUUCUGUCCUGUAUGGUACCGAUUGCUGGCAACAUUGUGGCAGCUGGAGUGUCCUUUGUCACCACACGGGCUGUACUGCAAGAGGGUCUGGAUGAACUCUAUGGUGUUGCCAAAAAGGUGCUCGAAAUGGCAGAUCUGCAGUAG